CCUAUCACGAAUACUAAACAUCAUGAGUGGCAUACAAAGAUGUGUACUUACAGUAAACCUAAAUGAAAACAAGCGGGAGCCAUCUUUCCAAGAGAAAAGGUACGGUCGAGCAUAAACGAGAGUACACCACUCACAUUCAAGGCCUAGUUGUUAUGGAAAGAUAGCUUGCAGGAGACUGUGAGAUGUCAAAUCUCGAUGAGGAAGAAUGUGGUCUUUGUACUUCAGACAUACUAUCAUUGAAACAAAAGGAAAACAUAAGUUGGGACUUCGAUAGACCAUCCUGGUUUCGAAUCACAAUCAAUCAUGCCCAGAUAUGUGUUUGUACUUUGGCAUUGUAGCUGAUGGAUGACGACUUCUCACGAAGCCAGGAGUUCCAUAACCCAAUGACGGGAACUGCACGCUGUCCAUUGGUGGAGGACCCCUGAGAUGGUAACCAAUCACCAUGAGUACAGUUUGAUCCAUGGGAGCGCAAAUGGAUUUAUAAUUAACCUCCAUUUGAUCCACAAAAACAAUAAUUUAUUGCUCUAACCAAUGAUGACAAGCCAGGUAACUUCUCAUGUGAGCUGGCCGAAGCAUAAGCUAAAACUCAAAAUCUGAACCUGUUCUUGAAACUAGACCAACAUUCAAACAAUGCCACUUCCAAAUUGAAGUCUGAAACUGCUGAUCCCCCAAUAAGUUAAGCAAGUAUUCAAUAGUGCCUUUAGAGAACCCUAUACCCAAAGAGAACUGUAUCCUAAGGGUUUCAUUUACAUUAAAGUAACAAAAAAUUUCUUCUAGAACUACAAGAAAAGGGAAUAACAUACCAUGGAGAUCGAGGACGGCCAGGUUGAGGUAUUGGCGGUGCCUGAGAUGAUGCCGGAGUACCGAACGGUAACAGUUUGGUACCUUGGCUUUGGGGCCCCGCAUCCUUCCCAAACGCGAACGCCAUCCUUCUUCUUCACCGUAACCUUCUCCUGUUCCCUUUUCAGCUCUUAUUUCAUAUAUAUUAAUGGUGGCGUCCAGAAACCAAGAAGAGAGGGGGGAAUUAGGUCACACAAUUCGUUCAAUUGGGGUCAGCGCUCCCGCUUUAGCGCGCAUAAACGCGAAUUUGAGAGAGUUCGUACAAAAUUCGCGAAUUUUUGCUGGUCAGAGCGCGAAUUUUCUAAAGAAAUUCGCGAACUCAUAGAAACAGAGGAGAAGACAAAUUGUUGAUGGUGAUAACAAUCGAUUUGUUGAAGGAUGGCUGGUAUGUGGAGGAAGCUGAAAGUGCUGAAGUCUCUCCAUCUAGGAGAGAAUCAAGUAAUUGGGGUAGAUCUUGAACUUUGAGGAGAUGACUUAUUGUCGGCACAAGAAAUAACAAUCUGGAUUAUGGAUUUCAAACUCUGCAUGUGGGGGAUCGGUGGAGCUCGUCGGGGUUUCGAAGAUUUUAAUGUUUCAGGGAGACGUGGGGGAUGUGUCGAUGGGAUGAAGGUAGAUCGACAGAAUGUGAGGUCAGGUGAGUGAAGAUUUGGAUAAGUCUUUGGAAGGGGAUAUAGAGAGGAGGAUGUCGGUGUCGCUGAUAUGAGGAAGAAGGGAGGAGGGGAUGGAGUCGGCUGUAGAUUGCUCUUUUAGGGUUUUGAGUGGCACCCAAUUUUGGGCUCAAUAUGACACUUUGGUUGGCCCAUGGAAAGUUAUCAUACGUAAGUUUUUAUGGUUGGCCCAUGAAAACACUUAGCUUGUUUUCCCCUGGUAAUUAUGUAUCUAUGUCUGUUCGUCCUCAUGGUGUUUUGCUUAAUGAACAUACGCUUCUUCCGGAGGGUCAGCUUGCGGUUCCUCGUCGUGGUCGUGGUUGCGGUCGGGGUAACUAUACUUGGGUUCAUCCUCGCAAUGUUGGAGGAACAGGACGAGCUCGUGCUCGUGGAAACAGGGAUGAGCGGUCCUCGUCAGUGGAUCCUGAUCCAUGGCAUUAUCAGGCGGUGUAUGCUUUUAAUUCGGGCGAGUCUGCUGAUGAUUUAUCUAAGGGCACGACUCACCGUCCGACGACUGGCCCUGCUCUGCCGCCUCUUCGCAUUUCGGAGAUUUCUUCUGGUUCGGGUGUAGCGCAGCACGACCAUUCGGCUGCUCUUGGUGGCGAUCAGGGUAAGGGCAAGGGCAAGGCUAUAAUUACCGAGUUGGAUUCUGAUGAGGACGAGGAUUCUUUGGUUCCUCCGUCCUUUCGUACUGGGCCAUCCUUUAGAAUGGCAUUGACUGAUGAGGAGCUUGAGGUAGAAUGGCGGAAACGUUCCUUCUCUGAGAUGAUGGAGUCCAGGGAUCCAGUACAUCCAACUGUUCUGCCACUGCUGGAAGCUCCCCCGGAAGGACAGGAGCUUGUUACGAUGGAGACUGAUGAGCCUGCAUCCAAAAGGCCGCAUGUCGGGGAGGAGGCUGCAACCGAUCUGGGAACUGUGGAGGAAGCCAGCAGUGAGUGGCCCCAAGGCGCCAAAUGAGCAUUUUAGCUUGGAAUUGUCGAGGGUUGGGACCUCCUUUGACAGUUCAAGCUUUAGAAGGUCUUGUUCGUGUUCAUAGUCCGUAUUUGUUAUUACUUUUUGAAACUCGUAAUGGUCGUGAUUAUGUUGAGUCGGUUGUUCGUAGUCUAGGUUUUGUGGAUUGUAGGGUUGUGAAUCCUUCUGGUUUGUCGGGUGGUUUGGUGGCAGCUUGGUCUGCUGCUGCUUCUGUUUCUUAUUUAUGUUCGGACUUUUUUUAUAUUGCUUUGCAAGUGUGUUUUAAUGGUAAGCAAUCAGUGGUUGUGUUUGUGUAUUUAAGUUGUGAGGAGGUGGUUCGGCGACGUCAAUUUCGUCGGCUGGUUGCUUAUUGUUCUUUAAUUGCUGUUCCUUAUUCCAUUGUGGGUGAUUUUAAUGAUCUGUUGAGUUCUAGUGAUAAGCAAGGUGGACAUGGUUUCAAUCCUACUCGUGCUCUGUCUUUUCGUUCGUUCGUUGAUGAUCUAGCUCUUAUUGAUAUUGGUUUCUCCGGUCCGCGCUUUACUUGGACGAACCGGCAAUCUGUUUCCUCUUUUAUCCAAAGUAGAUUAGACCGAUUCUUGUUUUCUGCAAGCUGGGUGAACGAAUGGCCUCGGGGUACAGUUGAGCAUUUGGCUGAUCAGGGUAGCGAUCAUCGUGUGAUUCUCUAUCGUUGGUCCAUUCCUCAACCUUUAGGUAAGCCCCUGUUUAUGCUUAUGCUCGUUGGGGAUCGAAUGUCGAAGCUUUACAGCUUGUUGAAUCGGUGUGGCAACAAGCUGUCCCCGGCUCCCCUUUUUUCCAAUUAUGGACUUGGUUGAAAUCAGCUCGUCACAAACUUUUUUACUGGGCGAAGAAAGGGACGACAAACUCAGCUCGUCGUAUCAAAGCUUUACGGUCUGAAUCUCUGCAGGUUUAGAAUAAUUAUCCUGUGGACUGGACUGAAUUGAAUCGCAUUGAGUCAGAACUUGCUUCUUCUUGGGCAGCAGAAGAGAAAUAUUGGAGACAACGGUCACGGGUCCAGUGGUUGACUGAGGGUGAUCAGAACUCAGGCUAUUUUCAUGCUGUUACGCGUGCGAAGCGUCGCCGAAAUAGGAUUGAAGGCAUUUUUAACACGGCUGGCCAAAGGAUUACGGAUGAGGAUGGUAAACAUUCUGUUGUUGAUUUUUAUAAGAAUCUCUUUUCCUCUGAUGUUUUGGAUGAUGGUUUUGCGGUGAGAGUGGCUGCAAGAGUGAAUAGUUUGCCUAUAGCUCGCUUGGUGACAGGGAGUAUGAAUGAGGCCCUUAUUGCCCCUGUUACUCCAUCUGGAAUUAAGGACACUAUCUUUC